AUUACUUUGUAUAUGGAGAAAAUAUACCGUUUGUGUGUUUAUGUGUAUGCAUCUAGUUUUGCUCGAUUUUGUUUUAAAUUUUAACUGAUCUCAGUUUUUCUUUGAAGUCUAUGCAGGUUAAACUUUGUUUUCAUUCUUUGGAUCUCAAUGAUUUUCGUGUGCUCAGGUUACCCAGUUGUCCCUUCCAUGAGCAGCAAUCCUUUUUAUUUGAAUUGCCAGCUGCAUGGAAAAUCUGAUUACUGCCUCGUCCUGCUGAAUAACUGCUUAGCCAAGGUGGGCAGGAAUGAAGAACUGGCUUUUUUAAAGCCUUACCUGGAGAUGCCUUUCAAUAAAAGGUCCUUUCGCAACGGUGUUGGAUCAGGAAUUAAAAAAACUUCCUUUCGAAGAGCAAAGUCAUAAGCAAAUGUUCAAAACCACAGUCCCCAUUUUAGCAUCUGAUGUUUAACUUUGCGCUUAAAAUCAUUUUAAUGCUUUUCUAUGAUAAAACCAACAGAGACAAACGUACCCGGGUCUUCAGCAUGUAAACAGAUGUUUAUUUCAAAGAGCACAAGCCAAGUGGAGCAGAUGGGAUUGCUCAGAAAGGGCUUUGUUUCCAAAGUUACAGUAUCAUAAAGUUUUGUAUUGAAAUGAAUGUUUUCAUUUGGUUAAUUCCCCUUCUUUGUAAAGCUACAGAUUUAAUCAGCUUGCUCUUGAUUAAUACAAAAAUAGUCCUGUGCUUUGAAUAGACGUGUGCGUGCAGCCUGUCGGGAGGACUGACGGUGUUAUUCCUGACAUCCCUCCUCUCUGCCGUAGAGGCAAACCCACCGGCAACGCAAGACGUGCCUGUCCCGAAUCACAUUUACUUGAAGACAACUGCUCUGGCAAUUUUAAUACAGAUUUAAAGUAUGUUUCCUUUCAGAUUUCCAAAGAUAUGAAGCACCACUGGUGAAAGACAGAAUCAGGCCCUACCUGUAACUUCUAGUUUAUUUUUAAUAUAGUUAUUUAAAAUGACUUUAGCAGGAAAUAAGCUCUUGAGAUGUGUCAUCUAAUUUCCAGAAGAGUCCUGGGAAAUCACUCUAAGGCAGGGUAUCAGUGCAGCUCCCUUUGCCUCAAUUAAUUGACUUACGUAGGCAACACAUAUCUGAUGAAAUGUGCCAAAUGUGGUUUCUGCUCGUCUGCUACAGAUGUGGCACAGUAAUUAACAGCGGGGCUUUUUUUAAUUUCUUGUAAAAAAAAAAAAAAAAGUCAUUUGGUCUGAAAAUAUGUAAAUGUGGCGUGUAGGAAAGGUCAUCUGCUGAGUUACAUAUGUGUGAAUUUUACCUUGUGGCUGUUUCCUCCGAAUGCAGUGUAACAAGCUGUGACAUUGGCUUGAAAAUGUUGCAAAGUGUCCAUGCAAUGCAUUUUGAAU